AUGACACCGGGCGUCGCCUUCUUCUACGCUGGUCUUGCCGGUGAAGAAAUGGCGUCCAACACCAUCAUGAUGUCGUUCGUGAGCAUGGCCCUUGUAUCCAUUCAAUUCUGGGCCUUCGGAUACUCGACAGCUUUCGGAUCCAACGGUAUUUUCGUUUGGAGCGGGUACAUUAAUGUGGGGCAGUCCCCCAGCGGCACAUACGACACUGAAAUCCCCCACACUUUAUUUGCCUUCUUCCAGACGCAAUUCGCCAUGAUCAGUCCUGCGCUACUCAGUGGCGGUAUUGUGGGGCGCAUGAAAUAUGGAUCGUUUUUGCUUUUCAUCUUCCUGUGGACAUCACUGGUGUACGAUCCAUUGGCUCACUGGAUGUGGUCGCUCAAGCUCGAUGACUCGUGGGCGAUUACCGCGAUGGGUUGGGAGGGCAAGAUGGGAUCACUUGACUUUGCGGGAGGCACCGUUAUCCACAUUUCGAGUGGAUUUGGAGCCCUUGCGGCUGCUCUUAUGGUCGGAAAGCGAUACAACCACGGAGAACCAGUCAAGCCCCACAACGUGCCGUUAGUGAUGAUUGGUCUAACUCUGUUGUGGUUCGGCUGGUUUGGCUUCAACGCCGGUUCGGAAGGUGCUGCUGACGGAAUCGCUGCCACAGCUGCUAUUAAUACUCAUUUAGCAGCGAGUGCGGGAUUCUUGACGUGGGUAUGUCUGGAAUUUGUCAUGUCUACCAAGUUUGAUCCUUGUGGAGCUGCUACUGGUGCUGUGGCUGGUCUGGUUGCUAUCACCCCCGCUUGUGGUUAUGUGUAUCCGUGGGCAUCGGUGAUCUUCGGCGUGGUUGGUGCCGCAACGGGGUUCACUGCUAUUCACAUGAAGAACCACCUGCGCUACGACGACACCCUUGACUCGUUCGCUAUCCACGGCUGUACGUCAACCCGAACAUCAAGGGUGGUUGGUGCCUUCUACGGCAAUGGUGCCCAAUUCACGCACCAGUUGGUUUCUCAGUGCGUAGCUGCAGCUUACUCAUUCGUAGUAACGAUUAUCAUCCUGUACCUGAUAAAGAUCACGAUUGGUCUUCGUGUGGAUGAAGAUAACGAGGUGAACGGGAUUGAUCUUACGUACCAUGGCGGCUUCGCGUACGACUACAAACCACAGGAUUAUGCCGUGAAGACUGAAAAUAGUGACUCAAGCGAUUUUUUUAUUGUGGGUGCUCCGGACCAAUCGUAA